UUCACCAACCCUCUUAGGCCUGAACCCGCCGUAAGUGUCUGAUCCAAGGGAUGGCCCAGGUCUUUCUCCCUUUGAACCUCGCGCCCGACGAGGGAAGCCCCGAAUGGUUGAACAAGGGUGACAAUGCGUGGCAGCUCACCGCCGCCACUCUCGUGGGCCUCCAAAGUGUUCCAGGCCUCGUCAUCCUCUACGGAAGCAUAGUGAAAAAGAAAUGGGCGGUGAAUUCGGCCUUCAUGGCCCUCUACGCCUUUGCGGCUGUGCUUGUCUGCUGGGUGGGGUGGGGCUACCAAAUGUCAUUUGGGAAAAAAUUCAUCAACUUCCUAGGACGGCCAAAUGUAGCGUUGGACGAAGGGUUUCUUCUGGACAAAACUUUUAUUGGGUACUUACCCAACGCGACCAUGGUUUACUUUCAGUUUGUGUUUGCUGCAAUCACGUUGAUUUUGAUUGCUGGGGCAUUGCUGGGGAGGAUGAAUUUUCAUGCAUGGAUGUUGUUUGUGCCACUUUGGCUUACCUGCUCUUACACUCUGGGUGCGUAUAGUAUAUGGUGCCCCGAUGGGUGGUUGUCUAAGAUGGGCCUUAUUGAUUACUCUGGAGGCUUCGUUAUUCACCUCUCUUCCGGGGUGGCUGGUUUCACUGCAGCUUUCUGGGUGGGGCCAAGGGCAAUCAAGGACAAGGAGAGGUUCCCCCCAAACAACAUCCUUCUGAUGCUGGCAGGGGCGGGUCUACUUUGGAUGGGAUGGACAGGAUUCAAUGGAGGAGAUCCUUACACUGUCAGCACAGACGCAUCUCUGGCCGUUCUUAACACCCACGUAUGCACGGCCACAAGCUUGCUGACGUGGCUUAUUCUUGAUAUGGUUUUCUUCGGAAAGCCUUCUGUGAUUGGCGCUACUCAGGGCAUGAUCACUGGUUUGGUCUGUAUCACCCCAGCUGCAGGAGUUGUGCAAGGUUGGGCAGCGAUUCUCAUGGGAAUCAUGUCCGGAAGCAUUCCAUGGUAUACAAUGAUGGUCCUCCACAAAGAAAUUUGGUUCCUAAAGCAAGUAGAUGACACUUUGGCAGUCUUUCACACCCAUGCUGUGGCUGGAAGCCUAGGCGGCAUUCUCACAGGCUUCUUUGCUGAGCCCAAGCUCUGCCGUCUCUUCUAUUUGGUACCCAAUUGGGAACACUACAUAGGCCUUGCCUAUGGGCUAAAAACAGGGAACUAUCAAGCGGGGUUUAAUCAAAUGGGAAUUCAACUUCUAGGAAUCGUGUUUGUAGUAUCCCUCAACAUCUUUACGACUAGCAUAAUUUGUUUAUUUAUUAGGUUUUGUGGAAUUCCGCUUAGGCUGUCUGAGGAAGAGUUGCAAAUUGGGGAUGACGCAAUUCAUGGAGAGGAGGCCUAUGCAUUGUGGGGUGAUGGGGAGAAGGAGAGGUUUAUGAAUAGUAAGCAUAACUCCGCCUAUGGUGAUAACUUCCAAUCAGUAGUGCCAAAAGGUGAAGUUCAAAUGGCUUGAUUUGGGUUCUGUUGAUUUAUGAGAAAAAUGUGGGAAAAGGAACAAUAUGUAAUAGGGCUAUGGG